UCAGUCCGGUUAGUGUCGUGGUAUGUGCAAUUGCGCGACAACGGCACAUACUACGACACAUUUAAUUUGCCCAGCAUGGACGUUACACAUUUUGUUGAUUCUUAUCUUGCUUAUAAACAUGCACAAUGUAGUUCGUUAAAAAAUGCUAGUUCUUUCGAUGCAUUGGAUAAGCUUUGCCAUCGGCGAUCAAGCACAUCGUUAAAUUGCAAAAAUUUGCAUUGUUCUUCUAGUGACACGACUACUUCAUCUUUUAGUUUUGAAGAUUUGAACCCGGAACGUUUACGGUUGUCUGCAUCUCGUUUGAUAUUUCUCUUUGAACGAAAUCUGGAGAUUACGUUAGACAUUCUUACUUCAUACAUUUUGCGUUGUUUAAUUUUUAACAAUGUAGGACAGAGGCAAUAUAAACGUUUAAUUAAAUUAACCAAGUUUAUAUCAACAUUCUUCCGUGUUGUACCUAUAGGUGGUAUUAAGGUGAAAGACGCCUGCUCUCGUUCUAAAAAGUCAGCGGUUUUCUUUUCUAAGGAUAAAGUCCUUAACAGCAGAUUGCAAAGGAAACAUAUAAAGGCUAGGCAAAACAUCCUAGCUACUUUGCGGACAUGUCUUCGCUUGAAGGGGUUUUUGUCUGGAUUACAUAUCAAUCCAUGGUACAUCGUACAGCUACUGCGUCGUGUAUCUAUACUUGUUAAGUCACGCUCAAAGUUAUAUGAAGAUGGCUGGGUGGAUAUACAGACUUUAUAUUCUCACGAUUCUCGUGGGUAUGCUUUAUUGGACGAUGGCGCUACGCUAAUUUUGAAUAUCCUCUACAAUGCAUGCCACAAAAUCCCAGGUCACAUUGUGCUACGCAGCAAACUUUGCCAGUGGAAUUGUUUCCGUCGUGUAUAUACAAGGGAGAUGGCUCAUAUUAUUUUAUUUAUGGAUUACGUAUUUGUGGAAAAGUCUCACCUGAAGCUGUUAAAUAGCCUUCGCAGGUUACUGCAUGAGAAUAUAAACAAUCUACUGUAUCGAAUAGAUCCGGGUAAAUUAAAACCAUCGGCUUACACUGAUAUGUGUAAUCAAUUGUACACUAUAUACGCCUUUUUGAAUCGUAGACUGCUCUUUCAAGAACCCAAAUGGCAGUUUGUUCCUCAUUUCUUCGUGAUUGAGCGUAUGGCAUCGAUGGGCUUAUUAAAUCACAGUGCACUGCCUGUUGGCAAGGGUAUAGGUCAUGUUAAAUGGCUUCUCAUGCUGGUGACUCAGUUGCUUACAUCUUCCCAAGUCUCACGACGCAGCGCUUGGCUUGCAAUUCAGAUUAUGGCUAGAUUCUUUCACGAUUCGGUUAUUACUCAUGGUAUGAUUAGGUGUCCGAAGGCUAAGCCCUGUUUCAGGUGUCUGAUAGAUUUUACUAACGUUGCUUGCGGUAUGCACCGUAUACUGAAGUUGUUUAGGCAAUCAGGUUUCUAUGCUUCACACGUUCGUUUGGUAAAGGUACUAAUCAAGACCUAUAUAUCCAAGUUGUAUAUUUCUUUUGUUAACUUCAGUGAGGGCUUGGAUGAGGUCUGUGAUGUAUUUUUAGGUUUUAAGGGUGUCAGUACAUAUCAGAACGAUGAUGAUUGUGGUAAGCAUGGUGCUCCUGUAUCUUUGCGAUUUGCUGCGCAUCUUAUUCGUCAGCGUUGUCUAACGCUUUUAUCUCGUGAGUCUAUGAAUCCUAGGUUUAAAAAUCCCAACUUGGAUGCGGUGGUGCGUCAUCCGGUUUACUUGAAGCUUUUGUUUGCCGUUGGUAAUAUGACUUGUCUGAAAAUUAUACCCACUGUUGAAGGCAUUAUGGCUGAUUGCCAGAGGCAUGUGAUGUUUGAUUAUUUGGCAUCUCAAGGGGUCAUUAAACCUUGGUUACCACACUCUAUGCGUACGGUUUCAAGUGGCAAAAUUUAUUUUAGUGGGCAUACAUCUUUGCUUGCUCAGAUAUACUUGCAGCACAAGGGGAUUGAUGUUUGUCUGUCUGAGUUUAUUGUGAAUGACAACCUCAGUGUGAUGCAGCGUACACAGGCUUGUCAUGCCUUAGCCCAUAAUCCUCAUCUUGUUUCGCUUAUUUUACCUCAACUGGUACAAUCGCUUUAUGUUGACCCUGGUGACCGUGUUUGGCACUUGUUGAGUGCAACUAUGUCUGACGACUUAGUGAGUGAGCGUUUACCAUAUUACUUGGCUUGUAUGGUUCAUACCAGUGAUCAGCACGGUGUUGCGCACAAGGCAGCUACGUUUUUGGAUUUGUUUAUUUGCGCAGCUCGUGAUUCUGACAAGCUACGUCUGGACAUGCGCAGCAUUCAUAUGCAUAGCAAGUUGCUUGAGUUGGCUUUAUAUUUAGCCACGGUUGAUCCCAACGAUCGUAAGCGUAGGCUUCGUGAAGGUCUUUCUAAGGUGAACCAAAGAUGCAUAGUGGGUCGUCAUGUUCGUUGCUUUGAUGACAGCCUCGAGAAGUGUGGUUAUGGGUUGCACAACGUAACACCUGGGAGCUAUGGCUCCAAGAGCAUACGCUGCUUGGACGCUAAGACAUCGCACAUGCUUAACUCUGCUACGCGUGUGCCAUUUACGCUUGACUUUUACUUGGAAAACAGCAUGUCUACUCGUUACAUAUACAAGAUGAAUGACGACAUGCGUCAGGAUGCCUUAGUUAUACAGGUUAAGUUGUUUUUGAUGCAUGUAUUUCGCAAAUACAAUUUGGAAGCUUAUUUACAGCCUUUUCUUGUGGUACCAUAUUCCACGGCGCUAUAUACUGUGCUAAAACUUCGGUUGCCAUCUCUUGAUAUUUUUGGCCCGGGUACCUUGUACUCACAGGGUGAUAAGAACAUGUCGAAUGCCCAUUCUGUUACUUCUUUGGAUUCCGUUGCGUUGUUUAUGGACCACGUAAAAAUGGAGCCUAGCAACGUAGGGUCACCUUCACGUCCCACUAGUCCUCACCAGGGAUCCAGGCAGGAGUAUAACGCUGACAGUUCAGAUACUGAAUCCAUGGCAUCGUUGGUGAACCACACAAUCAUGCAAAACCGUUGGUGCUCCGGGUGUAGGCCGCUUUGCUAUGCCGAGGCCAAUAUUCCGGAUACCCUUCAGGGUGUUAUUGGUUGUACUCACAUCUUGGGUGGUAUAGUUGGUUUCAUUCCUGGUAGCAUAAGUCGUCAUACCAUUGGCCAGGAUUAUGGCGGUAGUUUGGAGGAUUACUUUUUGCUGAAGUUUGGUCCUCGAGGCAGUACAACGUUUCGUUGUGCCAUGGAUAACUUUAUAAAAUCUAUGGCUGGUUAUUCUCUUUUAUGUUUUCUGUUACAGGUUAAGGACCGUCACAAUGGUAACCUGAUGAUAUCUUCUGCUGGCCAUAUAAUCCACAUUGACUAUGGUUUUAUCCUAGGUUCAUCUCCUGCUGCUGAUGUACAUUUUGAGCAGGCGCCAUUUAAGUUGACUAAGGAGAUGACUGAUUUGCUAGGUGGUGUUGAAUCCGACAACUUUCAGCGUUAUGUGCGCUUGUUAGUCGCUUCUUAUCUUUGUGUGAGACAGGAAUCAUCUACGUUGAUAUCGUUUGUCAAGUUGCUUGAGCAUUCUGGCAUGACGUGUUUCAGGCGUAGUUCUGUGGAUAAGCUCCGUCAGCGUUUAUUUUUGGAAGCAACGCCUGAGCGUGCUGCUAGUUUCAUUUUGCGCAAAGUACACGCCUCGCUACAUAGUAAGACUACUUUGGUCUACGACAUGGUCCAGGCGUGGCAGCAGGGUAUAGCACAUUAGAUUUUAGUUUAUAUACGGUCUAGUGGCUUGAUUCCCAAUAAUUG